CAACUCGAUUGUGUAUUAGGAAUGACCAUAUGUUUAACGAAAUAGACAAUUUCAAUCAUGAAUUUCGUUUUUCUCGUCCACUUUGUGAGGGGUGGAUCAUUAAUCGCGUCAAAUAUAGGUGAUUAGGACAAAAAUUAGAAAAAGAAAAAACAAAACCGGUAAUCCAGCGCUCUUUCCGGUAUCAAUAUCUUAUUGGGAAGGAAGAUGCUACUUGGCGCCUACUCGACUUUGGGUUUUCGAUUAUUCUGUAUAAGCGCCAAAAUUUAUUCUUGUUAGUUGGAGAUUUUUCAAAAGACUUCAACUUUCCUCUCUCUCCCUGAUUUAGUUGAUACCAUAUAAAAGAAAGGGAUAAUGUCGUGGGCUAUGUCAACUUUUGUUCCCUUUGAAGUUCCUCCUGUUUAUGUUGUUGCUACUGCUUCUAGUCCAUUGUUGGGUUGCACCAUCAACUGCUUAGAUAUAGUUGGUCCUAGAAGACCAAAGCUCCAGUUAUCUCUUUCAAAGAAGUGGUUAAGGAUGAGAACUUUUGUCACAGAGUCAAACCAAGUGUCUUUUUUGCAAUCACGUCAAGAAACUUGGGAAGAUCCUGAUGAUGGAAGCGGCAGUGAGUUUGAUGAGGAAGAUAGUGAGGAAGUGGAUGAGUAUGACCUGGAUUUUGAAAGUGAUUGGGAAGGAGAAGAAAAUGUUCAGGCUGUCUCGAUUAUUGAUCAGCCUGCUGCAAACAAGUAUGAGGAGGAUCUUCAGGAAGAGGUUGAACAACUUUUGGAACCCAAAGAACGAGCAAUUCUGCAACAGAAUGCAACUCUGAAUGUGGAUAAACUGUCAACUCCGAAAUGGAAUCCACUUCACACUUUCGCCUUAUCAGGACAGAUUAUUCCAAUGGACAAACUACUUGACAGUGGAUUCGACAUUGACUCCGUCGACAAGGAUGGUUUUUCUGCUCUACAUAAAGCAAUUAUAGGAAGAAAGGAUGCUGUCAUUGGUCAUCUUCUUAGAAAAGGUGCAAGUCCUCAUAUCAAAGACAAAAAUGGUGCUACCCCACUUCAUUAUGCUGUUCAAGUUGGUGCAAAACAAAUUGUGAAGCUACUAAUUAAAUACAAAGUUGAUGUCAAUGUUGCAGAUUCUGAUGGAUGGACGCCAUUGCACAUUGCUAUCCAAAGUAGAAAUCGAGAUAUAACAAAAAUUUUGUUGGUGAAUGGAGCAGAUAGGGACAGAAGAAACAAGGAUGGAAAGACAGCCUUGGAUUUGAGCUUGUGUUAUGGUAAAAACUUCAAGUCGUACGAUCUUUCCAAGUUGCUAAAAGUAGUGCCUCUUUAUGGAGCUUUUUAAUGUGUUAAUUUGAAACAUUAUGCUUGCAGUUUCUUUCUGUAUUGAACACUUUAUAUUUAAGUCUUUUGUAUAAAGUGCAUAACUUUCUUUCUUUUGCUGAAA